AUGCCGCAUUCCAAAAGCAAUCCGCCCGCCGUUCCACAGGGCUGGAAAGCUGUUUUUGACGACGAAUAUCAGACCUACUUUUUUGUAGAUCUGAAGACAGGAAAGUCACAAUGGGACGAGCCCAAAGGCACAUCUUGGAAUAACGAAGGACCUCCUCCAUAUGGUGAGACCCGUCCCGCUGGAAGCCCUGCUGGUAGUAGUUCAAAAGGCACACCGGGGAACAAUUAUCCGCAGCAGGCGCAGCAGGCGCAGCAGACGCAGCAGGCCUACUCUCGGCAAAACUAUAGCCAACCUGGAUUCCAGCAACAACAGCAGCAAGGUUACCCACCACAAGGCUAUUACCCUCAGCAGGGGUAUCCUCCGCAACCAGGAUUCGCUCCCCAACAAGGCUACUACCAGCCACAGCAGGGUUAUUACCAGCAACAGCCUGUCCAACAGCAGGGUCGUAGAGGCCAUAGCGGUGCCCUUAUGGGUGGUCUCAUGGGUGCAGGUGGUGGUUUACUAGCCGGUUCCCUGCUUACGUCCGCAAUGAUGCCUCACGAAACGAUUGUGGAAAACAACUACUAUGACGACAACAACAACAACGACUACGGCGGAGGGGGCUAUGACGGUGGAGACUAUGGUGGUGGCGAUUUUGGUGGUGGCGAUUUUGGAGGCGGCGAUUUCUGA